GGGGAACUACGUUCUGAUAAUUAUAAUUAAUAACAAACAGGGAAACUAAACAAGACUGGUUUCACCGGACAGCACAUGGUGUACAGGAUCUUUAAGGCAUGUGUCAAUAGUACGAGAUCAAAGUGGACAGGCAAAAGUCGAAAUGAAACUGGAAAUCAAGAAGCCAACUUGGGUUUCUAGUCGGACCGUAUAUACUGUUGCACGUUAAGGGUCUUCAGCAUGGGAAUUUGAUUGGUGAAAGAAAAAUCGUAGUCGACUAAGUAAAACUUAAAAUAUGGAAAAUAUAACAGAUGGAAAAUGGGACACUUUGCCUGUCAAGCUUCAUGACAGUAUAUUACUCACUCUGGAAAAGAUUGGAUUUACCUAUAUGACACCUGUUCAGUCCGCCUGCAUCCCGCUGUUCAUGGGCAAUAAAGACGUCGCCGCCGAAGCGGUGACGGGCAGCGGGAAGACCCUUGCGUUUGUUAUUCCUGUGCUGGAGCUUCUCCUGAGACGUGAAGUCAGGCUGAAGAAAAGGCAGGUCGGGGCUUUGAUCAUCACACCAACUCGAGAGUUGGCGACACAGAUUAGUGAAGUCAUGGGCCAGUUUCUUGAGAGGUUUCCUCAGUUCAGGCAGAUUCUUUUAAUUGGUGGAAGCAACCCAAUUGAGGAUGUGAAUAAAUUCAAGGAUAAUGGUGGAAACAUCGUGAUCGGAACCCCCGGACGCCUGGAGGACAUGUUCCGGAGGAAAGCUGAUGGGCUGGACCUCGCCAGUUCUGUAAAGGCUUUGGAUGUGCUGGUCCUAGACGAGGCCGACAGGCUGCUGGAUAUGGGCUUCGAAGUGAGCCUGAAUACCAUUUUGGGUUACUUGCCCAAGCAGAGGCGCACGGGUCUGUUCUCGGCCACGCAGACGCAGGAGCUGGAGAAGCUGGUGAGGGCAGGCCUUCGGAACCCUGUUCGUAUUACAGUGAAGGAGAAGGGAGUGGUGGCCUCUAGCUUGCAGAAGACUCCAGCAAAGCUCAGCAACUACUACACGAUUUGUAGAACAGAAAAUAAAUUCAAUACGCUUGUGGCGUUCCUGAGACAACACAAGCACAAGAAGCAGCUCGUCUUUUUCAGCACAUGUGCCUGUGUGGAGUACUUUGGCAAAGCCUUGGAGGUCUUAAUCAAAAACGUCACCGUUCACUGUAUCCACGGCAAGAUGAAGGACAAGAGAAACAAGAUCUUCUCUCAGUUUCGAGAGCUGAAGAGUGGGAUACUUGUGUGCACUGAUGUUAUGGCAAGAGGCAUCGACAUCCCAGAUGUCAACUGGGUACUCCAGUAUGAUCCACCUAGCAGCGCAAGCUCCUUUGUGCAUCGCUGCGGGCGAACCGCUCGGAUCGGGAACCGAGGCAACGCACUUGUCUUCCUGCUCCCGAUGGAGGAAUCCUACGUGAAUUUCCUGUCAAUCAACCAAAAAUGUCCCCUCCGGCUGUAUCCUGCUGUGAAGGACGUGGUGGAUGUGUUGCCCAAACUGAAGGCUUUGGCACUAGGGGACAGAGCCGUGUUCGAGAGAGGCAUGAGGGCCUUUGUCUCUUAUGUGCAAGCCUACGCUAAACACGAAUGCAGUCUUAUAUUCCGGAUCAAAGAUCUGGACUUUGCAUCGUUAGCUCGGGGCUUUGCGCUUCUUCGUAUGCCCAAGAUGCCUGAGCUGAGAGGCAAAACAUUCCCAGACUUCGAAGAAAUCCCAGACACAGACUCUAUCUGUUACAAAGACAAGAACCGAGAGAAACAGAGACGGAAAGCACUGCAGCAGCGAGCAGAGAAGGAAUCGCAGGCACCAGCCAGGAAAACCUUUCCUAAGAACAAAGCUUGGUCCAAGCAGAAAUCCAAGAAGGUCAAGAGGAGAACGGUGGCUGCCAAGAGGAAGCUGGAUGAGGGAUCAGAUGUGGAUGACGAGGACAUGAAGGAGCUUCUGUGUGACACUCGCCUACUAAAGAAGCUCAAGAAAGGAAAAAUCAGUGCAGAAGAGUUUGACAAGCGUAUGAGUACAGGAGGACGGUUGGCACAGAACCCAGCUGGUCCGUCUCACAGCGCUGAAGGGAUGGAGGAUGAAUUGUGACUUUGGCAGGAACAGUGCACACUUACAUGGGUCUCUUGAUUGAAUGUGCUUUAUCAGUACAGACGAGUUUUGAGCUGCAGUGAGUUUUAAGAAGAUUAUGUAACUGAUCAGUAAUUUUUUUUUUAUUACUGUUGUGUAAUGGCACGUGUACUACUGUACUACCGUACAUGUGCUGUUAGGAUGUGCAAAUGAGAAAAGAAAUAUACAAUUCACAUCUUGUAUAGAAUGAAUAAAAGAAAUUCACACUUGCACCAAAAAGUACAAAAUUAAACAGGCCCAAAAAGAGUUUUUACAAUCGAUUUACUUAAUUUACCCAUACUAAAAGUGUAUAGAAUAUCUAUUUCUUUUUUAUGGUUAUUUUUAAUGCAACACGUUUUUUUGUUUGUUUGUUUGUUUUUUAAAUAAACUCUUAA